UCUUACACAAAUUCAUUUAUUACUACAACCCUUGUUUACUACUUGUACUACAGCUACAUCUAUAUAUUUUGAUCAGCGAAACGUACAAUAUAUUGUAAUUCAAUAUUGACCGUUGAUCAGUUAUGUCGUCUGCAACUAAAUUCAUGAUCACGUCGAUCACAAAAUAUUAUGCGUCUCGUGUUCUUGCUUCAAACAGUGCUAAACGACUCAAACAUCAAAGCGUUACUCAGAGCUUGGGAUAUCGGUAUCUUAGCAGCUACAGCAGAAGGCAAAACUACAACAACAGUACCCUUAGAAGAAAUUUUUCAGUCUACAAUAGUGUUCAACCAGGUGCUCCAUUGCCUCCUCAGCCUCCCUCUUCAUCUUUGAGUUGGAUUCUUGGGAUAGUGCUAACAAUUAUUUUACCUUUCGUGGGCAACAAAUGGGGACCAUUGCUCAAAUUCAAAACGGAAGUUGAUACCGCGAUUGAGACAAUAGAAGAAAUAGUGGAAGUGGUUGAAAAGGUGGCAGAGGUGGUCGACAAGGUGGCCGAGGAUAUCUCCGGUGACCUCCCGGACGACGGAAAACUCAAGAAAGUGGUGGAUGCUGUGGAGGAUGUGGCUGAGAAAACAGCUCAAGAUGCUCGUACGGUUGGGGAUGCUAUUGACAAGUUUCAAGACGUGGAAGAGAAGGUGGAAAACAUUGUUGAAACUCUGAGUGACGAAGCCGAUCAGCAUUCCGCCCCAGGGAAAUUAUGAUUACACCAAUUGAUUUAUAUAUGGAAUUAAUGGAUAGGGGUCGAAUUAUAACUAAUGUCCCUGUAAAAAAAAUUAAUUUCUUUAUUGUAUAUAAUUCGAUAUAUAUUAUUUUUUUUCAAGUGUAAUUAACAUCCAACAAAAAUAGCAUUUGCCGAGAAUUCUGUCAUUAAA